AUGCUGGGUUUAUUCAAUGUUAUCUUGAACAAUGGAAACAGUAUGCCCUCACUUGUUUUUGGAACUUCGGAUCCCGAAAAUGCCGUUGGUGACGCCGUCGUUUGUGCGAUUGAAACAGGCUACAGACAUAUUGACUGUGCAAUGUUUUAUAAAAACGAAGAAGAGGUUGGAGCUGCAAUAUCUAAAUGCUUGACGUCGCAAAAUCUGAAGCGUGAGGACUUAUUUAUUACUUCGAAGCUGUGGUGUGAUAGUCAUAAGCCAGACGACGUACGGCCUGCCUGCGAGCUUUCAAUACAAAAACUUGGCCUGGACUAUCUCGAUUUGUAUCUUGUACAUUGGCCUGUAUCGUUCCAUGCUAAACCGGGUAGGGUUCUUAAUGUCGACGACCCGGAUACCAUUGAAUUCGAAGAGCAUCCAUUGGAGAAAACAUGGAAGGCCAUGGAGAGUUUGGUUUCUGUUGGUCUGGUUAAGUCGAUCGGUGUGUCUAAUUUUAAUAGGAAGCAGUUGGACCGAAUAAUGAAAAUCUGCACUAUACCUCCAGCGGUGAACCAGAUUGAAGUUUCUUUGAACUGUAUGAACACAAAACUGAUUGAGUAUUGCCAUUCAAAGGGAAUUCAGGUUGAGGCUUACGCCCCAAUCGGAUCUCCCGGUUUCGCGAAGGGAACAAUACCUUCGCUUUUGGAAGAGCCGUUUGUGAAAGAGAUCGCGGACGCCCACAAGAAGACCACAGCACAAAUACUGCUUCGUCAUGCCUUACAGCGAGGACUUGCAGUCAUAUGCAAAAGCAUUACAAACUCACGUAUCAAGUCGAAUUUCGAGGUAACUCACGACUAUUUCUGGUGUCAAUUUUCUCUUAUUAUGUUUGACUUCGAACUCACUGAUGCAGAAAUGAUGAAAUUGAAUACAAGCGGGCGUAAUGCACGAAUUUUUAGGCUUCUAGCGUUUGAUAUGCCUGCCAUGUCAUCUAUAACCUUAAACAGUGGAUUUAAAAUUCCCUCAUUGGGAUUUGGGACAUUCGCCGUAAGCGAAUUCACAGAGCAAGAUUAUACCCUCUACUGUGCAAUGGUAUAUGAUAAUGAGGAGGAGGUCGGAUCUGGGAUUUCAAAAGCGCUGUUGUCGGAAGGUCUAUCCCGUAAAGAUUUAUUCAUUACAUCUAAGCUUUGGUGUGACAAGCAUUCACCAAAAGAUGUGCGUCCAGCUUGUGAGCAAUCGCUAAAGCGCCUUGGACUAGAAUACCUGGACUUGUAUCUUGUCCACUUUCCUACUGCGUUCCAUGCAAAACCAUCCAUGACAUUUAAUCCUUUUGACCGUGAUACUGUUGAAUACGAAGAACAAUCACUAGAAAACACGUGGAAGGCCAUGGAGUGUUUAGUAGCUGCUGGUCUAGUUAAGUCAAUCGGAGUGUCGAAUUUCAACAGAAAACAGGUGGAUCGUGUUAUGAGCGUUGCCUCAAUUGUUCCAGCAGUGAACCAAAUUGAAGUUAAUGUGGACUGUAUGAAUACGAAACUGAUAGACUACUGCUGGUCGAAGGGCAUUCAUAUUGAAGCAUAUGGUGUACUCGGAAAUCCAGGUUUCCUGGGGUAUGUUUGCUGCUGUAAAUUCUUUGCUGACGCCUCUAGUGUAAGAACAAAGGUACCUCCUAUUCUAGAACAGCCGUAUAUCAAGGAGAUCGCGGCUGCCCACAACAAGACCCCAGCGCAAAUACUGCUGCGUCAUGGCUUGCAGCGAGGUCUGGUGGUUUUAUGCAAAAGCGUCACGCCGUCGCGCAUUGAGUCCAAUUUCAAAGUAUUUGACUUUGAACUAAGUGAGGAGGAGAUGAAGAAAUUGAAUACCUGUGGUCGUAACACUCGUCUCUUUAAAGUACCUGCACUGAAAGACCACCCCGAAUACCCUCACAAGGAGGAAUAA